AUGCACUGUAAACAGAAGUACAGCCCCGUGGUGUUUAACGACGUCCUUUCCCCUGGACGCGGUGGACGCGCUCCAAACGAGAGCCCUUAUCACACCAGAGUCCCGUCCCCCCCUCCUGCCCCCGCCUCCUUCAGGGACUCAGAUGUCCGCCUGCCUGGAAGCAGACACAGAGGCGUUCUGUUGGGACUCGAUCCUCCGACCCGCCUGCUGCUGUUCCCUAAACAGCUGGACGGGACGGUGCGCCAUGUGGCUCAGGAGGUCCAUGACAGACAGGCCAGCCUCUUCCUGGACGGUCUGGAGGAGGACGGGACGCCCUUCGACACGCGACCUUUGACCUCCGCGCUCCGGGACGUCCGAGAGGACAGCACCAUGAGGGUGGGGCUCAGCUCCAACGGGACCAAUCAGUUCAUCGGACGGAUGCAGGACUUUAGAUUUUAUCCCACAGCAUUGACCAACAGGGAGGUCGUGGAGCUGUACACGGGGGUCCUGCCCCCCCUCCACACCCAGCCCGAGUGCCGCUGCCCGCCCAGCCACCCCCGGCUCCACCCCCUCAUCGAGCGCUACUGCAUCCCCAACGCGGUGGGGGACACCACGGCGGACCGGGCGCUGAGGCUGAACCCCAACGCCCACCCUCUGAGCUACGUCAACGACCAGGACAUGGGCACCGCCUGGCUCUCCCACCCCCGGACCCCCCGGGGGGACGGGGGGGACGGGCUGACCCUCACCGUGGACCUAGCCAACGGGCAGUACCAGGUGUUCUACGUCGUGGUUCAGUUCGGGGGGGUGAUGCCCGACCGGGUCGUGAUCCAGAGACGGAGCGGUGGACCCCCGGAGCCCCAGGAUCACCACGGCCCCGGCGAGCCGCCCUGGACAGACUGGCAGUACCUGGCCCGGGACUGCGGGGUGUUCAGCAUGGAGCCCCACGGGCCGCUGCCAACACCACACUCUGUCAACUGCCUACCACUGCCGGGCGACGCCCCUCUCUCCGGUGGAAACAUCACGUUCGCCCUGUUGACACCGGAGCCGAACCCAAGACCAGGCUACAACGACUUCUACAACACCCCUGCGCUUCAGAGGAUGGUACAGGCCACUCAAGUCAGGCUCCUCCUCAGUGGACAGUACCACUCUGAGACCGCGGGGGUGGAUCAGGGACACAGAUACUACGCCAUCAAUGAGAUCACAAUCAGCGGCAGGUGUGAGUGCCACGGCCACGCGGACCAGUGUGACACCGGAGUGACCCCGUAUCGCUGCGCCUGUCUGCCAGAGAGCCACACAGAGGGCAGCAACUGCGAGCGCUGUACCCCUCUCUACAACGACAAGCCCUUCAGUCCUGGGGGCCAGUUCCAGCCAAUGAGCUGCCGGCCCUGCCGGUGUAACGGCCACGCCCACUCCUGUCACUAUGAUGUCAGCACCGACGACCAACCGGGCGAGCACUACAGAGGAGGGGGCGGGGUCUGUGACGGCUGCAUGCAUAAUACAACGGGUGUGCACUGUGAGCUGUGCAGACGUAACUUCUUCCGUGCGGAAGGAGCUGAUCCUGGGUCGGUUGACGUGUGCCGGCCGUGUGACUGCGAUAUCGCGGGGACUCUUAACGUUAACGGUAGCAUAGAGUGUAACCAGAUGGGGGGUGCGUGUCGCUGUAAGGCUGCGGUGACAGGCCGUCAGUGUGCGGGCUGCUUGCCCGGCUGGUUUGACCUCCAGGCCUGGCGUCCCCAGGGGUGUGUCCGCUGUAACUGCAGCGAGGCGGGCAUCACACGGGGGCCUCACGGGGCCCUGGCCCCCUGCCACCAGCUCAGCGGACAGUGCCACUGCAAGCCCCAAGUCACAGUCUUUGAAGAGCUGGCUCGUAUGAAAUGUAAAACGAGCCGCGCUCCUCGGCUCGCCCAACGCAUCGCCGUUAUUGCUAAGCCCCGCCGCCAAGGUCCGUACUGCGAGCAGCAGGGGGGCCGGUGCGAGUGCCGACCUGGGGUGGGGGGGCCGCGCUGCGACUCCUGCGGCCGGGGGUCCUACGGCCUGGGUCUGGACGGGACCUGCGCCCCCUGCAGCUGCUCCGCCGAGGGGACCGUAGGGGGCACGGAGUGUGACCCCCACACAGGACAGUGUGUGUGCAAGGACAACGUGGAGGGCCUCCGCUGCGACGCCUGUCGCCGCGGCUACCACAGCCUGGACCGCCGUAACUCCCUGGGGUGCCUGCCGUGUGCGUGCGCGCCUGGGGGCACCCGGCCGGGCGGCGUGUGCGAUGCGGCCACCGGCCAGUGCCCGUGUCGGGGCGGGGUGGAGGGGUCCCUCUGCACCCGCUGCGCCCGCAACUACUAUCACCACGGCAACGGGUCGCACCCCGAGGCGGGCCCCCCGGCGGAGGGAGGCCCCCCGGCGGAGGGAGGGCCCCCGGGCUGCGUGCCCUGCUCCUGUGACCCCCGGGGCACGGUGCAGGGCACGGUGUGCCACAGCUCCAGCGGACAGUGUGUGUGUCUGCACACGCACCACCACAGAGACUGCAGUAGCUGCCGGCCGGGCUUCUAUCUUGGCGGGGGGCGUUGCCUGGAGUGUGACUGCCACCCCACCGGCGCCCUGGGGGCGAGCUGCGACGGGCGGACCGGCCGCUGCCCCUGCGCCCACCGCUCGGUCGGGGGUCCGCGCUGCGACCAGUGCCGGGAGGGGCACCACGGCUUCAACCCCGGCCUGGGCAGCUGCCAGCCGUGCGCGUGCGACCCGGUGGGCGCUCUGGACGGGUCCUGCCACCCGGACAGCGGGGUGUGUGUGUGUAAGGCCCUGGUGACCGGGGACCGCUGUCACCUCUGUGUACCUGGGGCCAGUCACAUGACCCCGGACAGUCACCUGGGCUGCAGCAAAGAGGUGUGCCCCCCCCCCCUGGGCCUGGUCCUCGGGGUCUCCUCCAUCCGUCUCUCCUGGCCCCCACCCGACUCCCCCAACUCCCACCGCCUCAACUACACCCUGCUGCGGGACGGGACCCCCGUGUACAGCCUGAAGAGCCAGCCCCCCUACGGCCCGGUCCUGUUCGAGGACACGGGCCUGUCUCCCUACACCAGCUACUCCUAUUGGCUGCGGACGGGCAGCGUGGCGGGGGAGACGCUGAGCGCGUCCGUCAGCCUCCGGACGCUGGCCGCCGCCCCCGACGCCACGCAGCUCCAGCUGCGGCUGCUGGGGGGCCCCGGGCCGGGCGGGGCCAGCUUCAACUGGACCCGCCCCCAGAGCCCAGCCGGGCCGGUGGAGAGGUUUGUGCUGUCGUCCAUCGAGUCCUCCAGUGGUAGCCGCAGCGUCCACCACAGCGGGCCCGCCACAGAGGCCACCGCCGUGGGCCUGAGGCCCUACACCUUCUACUCCUUCACCCUGGAGGCCUGUUCCUCCGGCGGCUGCUCCUCCACGCGACCUCUGACCCUCCGCACGGCCCCCGCCCCGCCCAGGGACCAGCCCCCUCCCCGGGUCAACGCCACCGGCCCCCGCACCCUGACCCUCACCUGGGACCCCCCCGAGCAGCCCAACGGAGUCAUCACGCAGUAUGAGGUCUUCCUACGUGGUCCAAUGGAAGCGCAGAACCUCAGCACUCCAGCCAAUGAAAGGAGAGUGUUUACGAGUUCCGGUUGGCCGGAAUCCGACCGCAGCAGGGGAACCAAUAGGAGGAUGGUCCCGCCCCCAGAGAGCAGUGCCUCCAUUACUGGUCUGCAGCCGUUCUCCACCUAUCAGAUGAGGGUCGCGAGUGUCAACACAGCAGGUCACGUGACUUCGGAGUGGGCCACCGCACGCACAACGGCAGGAGCUCCAGAGUUCAUCUCCCCUCCCAAAGUGGCGGCCGUGUCCUCGUCCAGUCUCAGAGUGUCCUGGAACUCCACCGAAGGUCACGGGGUCAUCGCCAGGGGAACGGUCUGGGAGUACCGGGUCAGCCGGGUCACGGAGCAGAGCGGCAAACCGUACGCCCCUCCUGUCGUCAGCCAGGUUCUCCACCGGACCAACGCCUCCUCUGAGACAGAGCACGUGGUGGAGGGCCUGGGGCCGUACCGCGUCUACAACUUCACCCUCACCCUCUGCACCAGCGAGGGCUGCAUCACCAGCCCGCCCGCCGCAGGCCGGACACUCCCCGCAGCCCCAGUCGGGCUGAGCCCCCCCAGACUCCGCCCCGUCAACGAGACCACCGUCGACGUGGAGUGGAGCCCCCCAGCAGAGCCCAACGGACCCCCCCCCGUCUACCAGGUGGAGCGCACUGACGUGUCGCUGUCGGACCCCCGGGACCCCGUCACCAGGGGAACCAGGUUCCCCGGCAACGGGUACUACCUCUUCCCCGGCCCAACGCUUCCCGUCAACACGGACUACACAGGUAACGACGUCCACCGUCCACCGGGGGCAGCGUGA